UUUAGUUCCUCCCAAAAGAGUGAUUAUAAGAGAUGAGACGGGAAUUGAACUCAAAAGUAUAGCCGUGUUUGACGAGGGAUCUGAUGUGCGGCUCUUCUGCGAAUCGAUUGCUGUGUUACGGAAUCGUAAGCCCUGUGUAUUUUCAUCCGAUGCCUUUCGGGAGGAAAUCGAUUAUUGCGCUGAACAUGUGAUGCUGU